ACCCAGCCCAGACAGACAGACUAUCCCAUUUUCACCCGCAUUCCUGCGGACCGUACGGACUGGGUCCCCGAAGUCCGGAAAAGCUCGACCCGUAAGAUGGUGGGCGCAUGUGAUCUAAACUGGGCAUGAUCGGGGCUAGGGAAGUGAGCAUUGCAUGAUUCCAUUGUCUAGCCAGAUGCUAUUAUUGCCAGCCCAAGGGAUAGCAGUACGUAUCUAACUAGUAGUUAGUAGUUGUGUAAGUAAAGGGACGGCCUGCCCGAUGGAGUUCCCCGUCAAUGGGGUUUAAUGGGGUUUAAUAUUGUAUUAUUAUUCUCAUUCUGUUACUUAAGUUCUGUGUGCCCUUUAUACCUAGACUACCCCCUCUGGAUCGAGAUAUUUUGUGGUCGGUUCCGGACCACGGUUGACGUGUCACACUCAGGAAUGCGUAUCAUACCUGAGUCCCUCCUUCAGACAUCCCAUCCAGAGAUCAGAGACUCGGCUAGAGUCUCAGCAAUUUCUCCAGAGGCUCUUAUUGCCAUCUGCUCCUCCCGAUAGACUUUGCUAAUGCCAAUGUAGACGGGACGGACCUCUUGUUGUAGGCAAGAUAAUCCCACGACGUGAGGAUAAAGCCUUGAUAUGGUUGAGCUAAGCAACCCGGCCGUCUCCGUUCAAUUUCCCCUGUAAGAUCAAGGAUGAUGUGGUCAUGAAUUUACCGCCCCCAUACCCAUCUAUACCUUCUUGUGUCUUACCCUUGGGUUUUCUCCAUCCGAAGGGACUUUUUGGACCCUCAAACCCCGAUGGCGUGCGAAUUUUAAUUCUCUUACUUAAUAAUGUUCUUCCUUUUUCUUUUUUGCUUAUACAUGCCAUGCGUUGUUUCCUUUUGUCCAGCCUUUUCUGUUAUCUUUCUUUGUUUUUUUGUUGUUUCUAAUCGAAACUUCCAUCUCCUGCAGUAGAAUAAGACGGUGGAGCUGAGCUUCACUCUAAUGUAUGUGGGAGCUUUUGUACUCUAUACUGACCGAGUAGUUAAUGCCAAAAUUAAUAAACAAUCGUGCC